AUGACUUGUGGCUCGGACGUCGCUCUUGAGAGCAUGGAGUACGUCUUCCCUCAAUCUACACUCGACACCGCUGGGUUUGACGCUGAUGCUCAUGACUAUGACUAUGCUGACUGUGGUACGCGGCGAAAUAGCGCUCGACGAGCGAUUCCGUAUGAGAUGGGGUUCAUGAAGAACGUCCUCCUCCGGGCCCUGAACAACAUCUAUUCUCUCGGUGUCUCCGACGACAUAAUGACGCAGAAAGCAGAGUUUGAGAAAUAUAUCGUUGGUGUAUGUGGAGUUUUGUUAGUUCAUAUUCAAGGUGACAUCAACUUCUUCACCACCCCAAGCCAAUCCGGGAUCGUCCUCUCCGACGAGGCCGUACUCGGGAACGAAUGUCUUCCUGAAUUGAAAGAUAUUGUGGAGGAUGUGAAGAGGUUGCAGGAGGUUCUGCGUGGAUGGGUCGAGUCUGGCGACUACGAUUCCUCGCAGCUGCUCGACCUCCUCGCAUUUGGGCCCGACCUGGCCAAGAGGAUGCACGCGCAAGUCAAUGCUGUGGAUGUGGAUCGUUUGAUCGAAGUCGUUGAUGAGGAGGAGGUCAAGGAGAUGUUGAGCGCGAACGUGGAGUGGUUCGCAGGACAUAACGACCUGCCUUUCCUCAUCCCGUUCCUCCAGGCCCAUCACGAUAUCGAGACCUCGAGCCAUUGGCCUCCUAUCACCGAAGAAGGAAGACAGGUGUUGCCGGUCUUGGCGGAGCAGUAUGCUGGGUACGUCGACACGCUCCCCUUCUUCACCCAACCGUCACCCCUUAUGGCUCCGGGGUGA